UGAGGCAAAAGUCACGCAUACAGCCCUUAGCGGUUUUUGUUUCACUUUUCGGUCUCCUGUUAACUAUUGAUGUUAGGAUAAAAACAGAACAAUUACAAGCGCCUUCCUCAAAAAGUAAAAAACAAUAACAGGGAAUUAUAGUUUCAGGAUUCAACCCAGCUGUUUGUAAUUUGUAUAGCAUUUAUUACAUUGUAUUAACUCAUCUCUAGCUCAUACGUGUGUCGAGGAGCUGGGUUUCACAGUGAUCGAUCAGAACCCAGCUGUCCAAACUAGGGCAGUGGAGCUGGAGAAUAACCGUGGACGAGAUGGAGGACCGGGAGACCUUCGACGGUCCAGGAGGGCCUCGAGACUUGAUCAGCUCCUCGUUCAACCAGGAUACCACGUCUCUAUCAGUGGGCACUAAGUCAGGCUACAGACUCUUCUCUGUCACCUCGGUGGACAAGAUGGACUGCAUCCAUGAAGGAGCGGAGUGUCCAGACGUGUACAUCGUGGAGCGGUUGUUCUCCAGCAGUCUGGUGGUGGUGGUCAGUCUCUCCAUGCCCCGACGUAUGAACGUCUACCACUUCAAGAGGGGAACAGAGAUCUGCAACUAUAGCUACUCCAACAACAUCCUCUCAGUCAGGCUCAACAGACAGAGGCUGGUAGUGUGUCUGAAGGAGUCAGUCUACAUCCACAACAUCAAAGACAUGAAGCUGCUCAAGACGCUGCUCAACAUACCACACAACCCCUCAGGUCUCUGUGCCCUCUCUGUGAGCCAUGGUAACUCCUACCUGGCGUACCCUGGCAGUCAGACCAUCGGGGAGAUCAUGGUUUAUGACGCCAGCAACCUGGUAAGACCUGACAUUCAAACUUCUUCUGCCACCGCUGCUAUUCAAGUCAGUCUACACAGCACAACGCAGGGGAGUACGGUGACGAUGAUCCCAGCCCAUGACAGUCCCCUUGCAGCUCUCACAUUCAACGCGUCAGGAACCAAACUGGCCAGCGCCUCCGAGAGGGGUACAGUGAUCCGAGUGUUCACCAUCCCAGAGGGACAAAGACUGUUUGAGUUCCGCAGAGGGAUGAAGAGGUACGUGAGUAUCAGCUCGUUGUCCUUUAGUUCAGACGCCCAGUUCCUCUGUGCCUCCAGCAACACCGAAACGGUCCAUAUCUUCAAACUGGAACAUCACAGCCCCAGUCGAGAGGGGGAAUGUCCUACGUGGGGUGCAUACGUGGGAAAGAUGUUCACAGCAGCCAGCACCUACCUUCCCUCCCAGGUCUCUGACAUAAUGCACCAGGACCGGGCCUUCGCCACUGUACGACUUAACAUGUUCGGACUCAAGAACAUCUGCGCCUUGGCCACGGUUCAGAAGCUGCCUCGUCUGCUGGUGGCGUCAUCAGAUGGACAUAUCUACAUCUAUAACAUCGACACACAGGAGGGAGGAGAGUGUGUGUUGGUCAGGAAACAUAGACUAUUUGAAGGAGAUAAGGAGCCACAGGAAGAACAACAGGAAGAGGAGGAGCUUGAGGAUAGAAGGUCCCUCCCACCGUCAAACAGCCCAUCAUACGCUGCCACUGUGGCUCUCCCCUCGACCCCACCCUCUUCUACCACUCUCACAGGCUACUCAGAUGGAGUGGCUAAGAAAGGUGAUGUGAUCCCUCAACAUGAGUUUACCAAGGGACCCGUCUAUCUGGAUGACGAGAACGAGUUUCCUCCAGUCAGCAACCAGAGCAACUGACCCGACUUUUCCCGGGAACCAAUCAACUGGAGCCAUUCAAGCUAGAAGAAGGGAUAUCAGUAUUCAGAGAACUCCCCCCCCCCCCCCACCAAUGGGUGAUUGGUUACUGUCAUGCGCCACUCAGAAGUAGAGUAUGGAUAGACAGUAGACCUGUCUCUGUACAUUGUCUUAUACCUGGCCCUGAAGGUCAAUAUGAAUAAAAACAUUUAAUUCCCUAACUAUCAGAAGGAAAGGAGGUCUGGGCCCUGAAGUUGUAGCCUACCUCUAGUCUAAUAUUAACCAAUAUUAACAUGGUUAAAAAGGGACUUUAAUAUUUAGUUGCAUUCAUAUAGAGCUAUUGAGAAGUGUUCAAUGUGCUUAACAUUGUCAAAAGGGGAAGAGGCAAAACCAUUCAAUUGUACUUUUAUCACCUCUUAGUAUCGUUUAGUGAUAUAACACUGACUGGAUAGUGAAAUCCACGUCCUAUUCUGCUGCUUGAUGCAGAUUGGCUAGAACCCAGUGUAUGGUGGCAGAGAGGGGCACAGAGACUGAGGCUUAUCACUGUUCUCUAGCUGUGGCACGCCCUGAGAGAGAAGAGGGGGGGAGAGAAAGAAAGAGGGGGGGCUUUAUCAUAUGUCUGAAGCGAUAGUUUUCUAACAGCUCUAGGAAAAAAGGUGGAAAGAAAAGUCAAAUACUGAAAUGUGAAAAACUGAAUAGAGAACUGUAUUAUAGGAUCGUACAGGUCCUUUUAUUUCAUUGAUUUCAUUAUUAACACCAUUGACUACAUAAUAUUGAAUAAUGUAACAUUUCAGAUAUGACAGAUGUUUUUACUUUGUAAAAAAAUUAUAUUGACUUGUACUAAAUACUCUUUUGGAAUAUGAAA